UGGAUCCCUCUGUCUCCCUGCCGUGUCUCAGUGACCGUGUUUCUCUGCGCGUUGGGGCAGCCUCAUUCUCUCCUCCAGGAUGUCGGGCCCUCUAUCCAGCACUCUUCUCCUCCUCCUCUUCUCUCUCGUUCUGCUCCACUCGCCAGCGCUGAGAGCAAAGCCAUUGUCUGCAGCUCAUGGACGUGGACGAAACUUCGAUGGCGGAAUGAUGCGCGUCCGACGGGACCUCCGCGACUCACUCCCCUACGAAGCUCAGAUGAUGUCAUACUCGCCGGGCGUUGAGAUGAAGGUACGCGCCAGCGACCUCUACAACCAACCAGACGCCUGGAAGGCAAAAGGCCUGAGCCAGGCUCUUCAGCAAUUGGUGGAGAGUGACCAGAGGCGGGACCAGGAGGCAGCCUACCUGGCUGGCAUCAUGCGCCUCCUGAGCCAAAUCGACGCCAACAGCCAGGGAGGUGCCCAGGAGGACGCAGAGGACGCCGGGGACUUCCAGGGGCCCUACCCGCCUGACUACGAUGAUACCGAGCCAGGCGUGAGCAUGGCCAAGCCGCAGGCGCAGGGAGCCUGGCAGGAUCUCCUGGACCCCCAGCUCACCCAGGCCCUGCUGAACCGCUACAGGCAGGAGAGACUGCAACAGGAGGCAGCCAAUAGGAUCCCAGAGCAGAGAGAGCAGGACCGAGACCAAGAGGUCCUCAGAUACCUGGUGGAGAAAAUCCUGUCGAGCCUCUCCCCGGGCAGCUCCCCGGGCAGCUCCCCCAGUCCUUCAGGGGGACGUCGGGCGAAGCGAGACGUGGACGCAGUCGCUGCUGCAGCGAGUCGCAGCGGCCCCACGCUCAGACGCUCCCGCCGCUCCCUUGACUCCCUUCCGCCUCCCCAGAACUCUGACCAGGUGUCGCUGCUCCGGGUGAAGCGACUCGGGGACGAGGACGAGGAGGCUGCCGCCUUGGGGGGAGACGUGGGGCAGCACAGAAUGACCUCCCAAAUCGUUGGCCUUCAGAGGAUGAAGCGCAUCGAUGUGGAGCCCCAACCGGCGAAACACAGCCGCAAACGCCGCUCCCUUGCCUACGACCCCAACCUGCUUGCCCAACACAUCCUGCAGUAUCUACCCCAGUAGAGACAGACAGACAGACAGACAGACAGACAGACAGACAGAGACCAGAAAGAGAGAAUAUGUUUUGCCAGCCUCCAUGUUCGUCCAUUUUAUGCAGCAUCUCUCCACAGCAAACAGUUCUCCUGCACACUAAAUGCAACAUUAAUGUCAUAACCUGCUGAGGCGCACCGUAUAUAAAUGUAUUUAUGAAGCUUUGUUUGUUCAAAAGCAACAGCCCUCCAGGGUGGAGGAGGGAAUGAAAUAGCUUUAUUGGGUUUUACCGAGCUUCUUGAGUUCUUUUGUCAACAUCCCAGCAGUGUAUUGGUUGGUUGGUGUGAAAUGAUUUCAAUAUAACUGGCCGUAAUGUCCGGUCACACUUUG